AUGAUUGGACGCCCAGCGGCGUGGGCUGGGAAUCCUGUGCGCAGAGGCGGCCGGCGGUUCGAAAGCCUCACAGCCAGAAGCCGCCGAUUGGAGGCCUGGAUUUACCUCGCAAAAAAAAGGAUGACUAGAGACCUUUCAGCUCAAGUAAUACAGAAAGCUUGGUUUUCUCACGCAGACAAAAUGAUAUUUCAACUCCUAAAACUCACAAUUUGUGCAGCGGAAUUCUGUGUGACAUAUGACAUACUGAAGAAAGUAAGCCCCUUAGAGGCUAAGCUUGUUAAAGAUCCUAGCAUGAAGUGUAAAGUCAGAUUCAGAUUUAGUGGUGAAAGAUUUCCACCUUUUAUUGUGUUUAAAAUUUUUCUUCAUACCGAAGGCCGUGGUUACAAGUAUUUUAGCGGAAGAAAUUUAUUAAAGCCAUCAAGUGAGGCAGUUGUUGAUGCUUGCAAAAUGAUGGGGAAAAAUAAAUUUUACCAUCAAGUUUUGGAAGAUGAACAUCUUUUCCAGAAGUUAAAAGUAACUGAUGAAAUAGAUAUUGUCACCAUGCAAGAUUAUAUGCAGUAUUCCAGUCUUCUGGAUGAGAUUCCUGCAUCUUCUGGUGGCAGAAAUAACGGCUGGCGAAAAUUAAGCCUAGAAAACAUUCCCAGGACAAUGAUAAUGUAUGACAUAGUUGAUUAUGCAGAGUCUGGAGUAAUCUCAAACCGUCUACAAAAAGAAAUGAAGUGUCUUUCACAGAAACCAAAAACAGAAGAGAUGCGUCAGCAGCAGCUACGGAUUGUUUCUGAGAUUAGGUGUCCAUCUUUCUUAAGUAUCCAGCCUUCAUGUCGGCCCUACCAAAAGCAAACUCAAGUUAAACAUUUAGGUCGUCGAUCCAAGCAGGCUCAAAUGAAAGUUGAAAAAAUGAAAAAAGCUUAUUUGGCUAAAGAAAAAAAGGCUUCUGAGGUGACAGAACCGAAAAUGGACACAGCAGAUACAAAGCAACGAAAGGAAGUCAUCUUCUCCACCCCAUCUUUUAGCAUUGUGAAAAUUAAUGAACCCAUGUCAGAUGAUGAACUGGAAAAAGGAAAAAAGGAUGGAUUUUCUUGGUAUCAAGACUUACUUGUUCGUAAUCCUCCAUCAUGUUAA